AAUAAGUCCAUUCAUGGAAUUUCCUUGCUACUAAAUAUUGCACGGUUAACUGUUAGUGGUAUUAUAACAAAGUGGAAGCAACUGGGAACAACAGCAACUCAGCCACGAAGUGGUAGGCCACAAAAAAUGACAGAGCAGGGUCAGUGCAUAUUGAAGCGCACAAUGCGCUGAAGUCGCCAACUGUCUGCAGAGUCAAUAGAUAAAGACCUCCAAAUUUUGCGUGGCCUUCAGAGAGCUUCAUAGAAUGGGGUUCAAUGGCCAAGCAGCUGCAUCCAAGCCUUACAUCACCAAGUGCAAUGCAAAGUGUUGGAUGCAGUGGUGUAAAGCACACCGCCACUGGACUCUAG